AUGGCGAUGAUGAAAAACGUGCAAGUGCCUACUGCAUUUAGAUGGCGUGGAUCAGUUAUUCCAAAAGUUUUAUUGACAUCAAUAUCUAUAACACUAUUGUCAGUAGCAGUAGUUUUAUGCUAUAAAAAGACAGAGUUCAAACCGUCAAUUCCUUUCUCUUUUAUUACUGUUUUAGGUUUUAUUGUUGGUUUGUUGUUGACUUAUAGAACAAAUACUGCUUAUGACAGAUAUUGGGAGGGAAGACGUAUUUGGUCUACUAUGGUUGUUAGUAUUCGUGCAUUGGCUCGCAAUAUUUGGGUAAACAUGCAACUAGACUCUAAAAAAGACAUUAUUGAAAAGAAAUCAGCCAUUAAUCUUGUAUUAGGGUUUGCAAUAGCAACAAAAUAUUAUCUUCGUGGAAAAGAUGGUAAUAGUGAAGAUUGUAAAGAUCUUAAACACCUUAUUUCAAAUAUUACAUCACAAUUACCUGGAUGGGAUCAAUUAGAAGCAUCAACUUCACGUGAAAAGAAACGUGAAGAGAAGAGUGAAAAGAAACCUUGGUUUGGUGCAAGACUUUUUAAUAAAGUAUUUAACCGUCAUCAUCAUCAUGAAGAAGAAAAAGAAAUUAAAAAUCAUAAUAUCCCAUUGGAACUUUUAUUUUAUCUCACAUCAUUUUUUAACGAUCAACCCGAAGAUAUAUUGGAUAAUCCUUCAAGAAGUAUUUGUUAUACUUCAAUGAACUCUUUGACUGAUUGUUUGACACAAUUUGAAAGAAUCUUAAGAACUCCAAUUCCAAAGGCCUAUUCUAUUCAUUUGGCCCAAACUGUUUUUAUUUAUUGUGUCACAUUGCCUUUUCAAUUAGUUUCUUUUGUUGAUUAUUGGACCAUUCCAAUUGUUUUUAUUUCUUGUAUUGUCUUAUUGGGUGUUGAAGGUAUCGGAGAAGAAAUCGAAAAUCCUUUUGGUUUGGAUGAUAACGAUUUGGAUUUAGAUCAAUUCUGCAUAGUUCUAGAAAAAGAAAUUAACACAAUCACAGCUCAUGCAAUUCCAAAUCUUGAACCUACAGAAGAAGAA